AAUCUUACCUUACCUUACCUUACCCACUUUAUAAGCUUACAACCACCCCUUUUCAAUCAAUACUUAAGUUCUCAAGCUUACAAUGGAGGAAUCCGCGGCAUGCAAUUUGACACAAGUGUAUGAAGAUCUAAUAAGAGAUCUUCUCGACGAAAACUCGCCAUUCCUUUUGCAACCUCAAGAAAUCACUAGUGAUUCAUAUGAUAACUCCGUUAAUAACCUCCUUUCAAACUUAUACUCCGGCCCAACAAUAUCGGAUAUUGAAACCGCCUUAUUAGCUACCAGUUACACAAACCACACCCAGGAUUUUUCAGCAUUAGCCAGGAUUGCAGAUAUGGAGAGAGGGGUAAGUAGGGCUGAGAACAAGUAUAUACUGAAAAUAAAAAGCAGUGGGAAUGUGUUGGCAGAUGAUGGUUACAAAUGGAGAAAGUAUGGUCAGAAGUCUAUUAAGAACAGCGCCAACCCCAGAAACUAUUACAAGUGUACAAACCCCCGUUGUGGUGCAAAAAAACAAGUAGAGCGAUCAAAUGAUGACCCGGACACAUUGAUCAUUACUUACGAAGGACUUCACCUUCAUUACAUGUACCCGUAUCUCAUAUUUGGCCAAUCCAAGAAUCUUGACCCACCAACUAAGAAGUCUAGAAAGCACAAUGUCGAAACAACGGCAGAUCAACGUCAACCAGCGAAAGACUCGGAGGAAACCAUAAGACAUGAUUGGCUUGAUCAACAUACAUCAACGAUAUUAGCAAACCAUGACCCUCAAGUAGAAUUGACCUCCCAAGGAUUGCUUGAAGAUAUGGUUCCAUUACUUGUACGAAAUCCUAUCAACUCGUUCAAAUCUUGUUCUUCACCAUCUCAUCGUUCUCCGGGUGAUUCACCUUCGGGUUCGUGGUCCCCCAACUUUUGAUGUUUACUUAUUUGUGUGUAAUAUAUUGAUGCAUCACAUAUAUCUAAUAAAUUAGGUUAAGUUUUCAAAAGUUGUUUUCAUUGGCAAAAAGUGUAUUUGUACCUUGUUAGACAAAUCUACUGCUAUAUACGUAUAUAUAGUAAUGUUGUAUUAUAUA